AUGGCUGAAAACAUUCCACCUCCUCUUCCUCGACAUGCCAAUCAAGAACCCCACGUCUUACCAGAAACAAGAUUAGAGCAAGAAACAAAAAGACCACCUGCAGAACAAAGACCAGAGAAAGAAACAAAAAAGGCACCUGUUGAAUCCAAAAAAGACGAAAGGAAACCAAUAAAGCAAGAACAUACAGAAGAAUACGAUGAAAUGGCCAAUCCAUACGAUUUAGCUGGCUAUGAAAAGAUUAGUAAAAUAGGCGAAGGCACUUAUGGUGUCGUAUUCAAAGCCAAACAAAAGGAAACCAACAAAUUAGUAGCACUGAAAAAGAUUCGACUCAAUCUUCAAGAAGGCGUUCCAACCACAACAAUUCGAGAAGUAGCUAUUUUGAAAGAAAUGGAUCAUAAAAACAUUGUCAGGCUUGUUGACAUGAUACAGCGUGAUGCCACCAUAUACCUUGUAUUUGAUUAUUCUGAGGUGGAUCUAAGGCGCUAUAUGGACAAGGCAAGACGUCCUGGUCUAACAGCCAAUCAUAUCAAGAGUUUUAUGCAUCAACUGCUACUUGGAUUACAUUAUUGCCAUUCACACCGUAUACUUCAUCGUGACCUUAAACCACAAAACUUGCUUAUUGAUAAAUAUGGUCGACUCACUAUUGCUGAUUUGGGCCUAUCUCGAGCCUUUGGUGUUCCUAUGCGAACAUACACUCAUCAAGUCAUCACACUCUGGUAUCGUGCCCCUGAGAUUCUACUGGGCAGUCGUCAUUAUUCCACUGCGGUUGAUAUGUGGAGUGUGGGAUGUAUUAUGGCAGAAAUGAUUACGCUUAGAGCGCUGUUUCCAGGAUCAACACAGAUUGAUGAACUGUUUCGUAUCUUUCAAGUCUUGGGCACACCCACUGAAGCCAUGUGGCCUGGUAUUACUACUUUACCUGACUAUAAUGAACAUUUUCCUCCAUGGAAACCAAGAGAUUUAAAAGAGACCAUUGAAGAAUAUCCCCAUUCUAUAAAAGAUCUUCCUGAUUCUGCUUAUGAUUUACUACGGUCUUUACUUUCUUAUGAUCCUGUAACAAGGAUCUCAGCUGCAAGAGCAGAAGAGCAUAUGUAUUUUUAUGAUGAUAUUACUAUGUUGGCACUUUAA